UUUUUGGGUUUUGCUUUUCUUCUGCAGCUGCAACUUCCACAGCCAUCUUUGAUCCUUCUAAUGCCCCUCUGCUCUAUACAUCUUCACAGGUUGGUUUUCUCAAGGCUCAAACAUUGAUACCCACAUGAUUCAAAUGCUUUGUUUCUCUAAUUUUUAAAAGGAUUUGGGAUUGCUCUCUUCCUUGUUUCUGAAUAACUAAGUUUGGGAAUCUUUUUGGGGGUUCUGUUUGGACCAAUAAUUCCUUGGUUCUCUUCUGGGUUUUGGUGGGCAGCUACAGGAUAAAACCCAAAUUCUGUUUUAAGUAUUAGAAGUUGAGAGAAUCUUAGGAUUCUUUUCUGGCUUCUUUUUUGUAUUUUCUUAUCCCCAAUCCAAAGAAAUUUUUGGCUCUUCCUAUAGCGUUCUUGUUUUCAACUCAUCUGGACCUGCAGUUUGCUUCUUUUUUCCCUCUUCUCCUUCUUCUUCAUCAUCAUCAUCAUCCUUCAAACUACCCUGAGUUUGGAUUAUUUUUUCAAUUUUCCCCAUCUCUAUGUGUUGGGCUUAACCAGACAUUUCCCUGUAGAUUUGAUAAUGGGUCUCUCUGCUCUCUCUCUCUUCUCUCUCUCUAAAAUUUGUUACUGGGUUUUAGGAAAGAGGGUCAGACCCACCUCACGUUGGUCACUUUGUCGAGUUUAUUUGUGUCGGCUACAGGUUUUGGUGAGUAUGGUUCCAUGUAUUUGGAGUCUGGCUCAAGGUUAUGGCAUCUAAUUUUGAUGCUAUGUUGAUGAGUAGUAGUAGUUUUUGUGGCUGAUUUCCAUGAACUGGUUCAUUAAUGGUGGAGCUAUGGAAAUUGGAAACUAAGGCUGGUUUGGUUGGUGGGGGAGGGAAGAUAUGGCUGCAACUGUGGGGGAAGGUAAUUGGGAACUGCUGCAAGAUCCRUCACCAGUACUACCAGUAUAUUGGAUCCAAGAAGUUCAGAAAAACAUGGUGGAGAAGGCUUUUGUUGGGGUGGGUUAUUGGGUGGACUUUGGCUUCUUUAUGGAUCUUCCACUACAUGAGCUCACAAGCCACUGAGAAGAGGAAAGAGACCUUGGGAAGCAUGUGUGAUAAGAGGGCCAGAAUUCUUCAAGACCAGUUUAAUGUCAGCAUGAAUCAUAUUCAAGYAAUGUCCAUUCUCAUCUCCACCUUCCAUCAUGGCAAAAACCCAUCUGCUAUAGAUCAGAGGACCUUUGCGAGGUACACRGAAAGAACUGCUUUUGAGAGGCCUCUUACGAGUGGUGUGGCAUAUGCGGUGAGGGUGCUCCAUUCGGAAAGAGAACAUUUCGAGAAGCAACAGGGCUGGACGAUYAAAAGGAUGGACAAAAUCGAACAAAGUCCGGUUCACGAAGAUGACUAUGCUCCAGAAGCCCUGGAGCCAUCGCCCACCCAAGAAGAAUAUGCUCCUGUAAUCUUCGCGCAGGAUACURUUUCUCAUGYCGUUUCUCUCGAUAUGCUGUCGGGAAAGGAAGACCGUAAAAAUGUAUUACGUGCUAGAGCAUCGGGAAAGGGAGUCUUAACUGCCCCAUUCAGGCUAAUCAAAACAAAUCGUCUSGGAGUCAUACUUACAUUUGCUGUCUACAAGAGAGAUCUUCCCUCAAAUGCUACUCCAAAUGAGAGGAUYCAAGCUACAGAUGGGUAUCUUGGUGGAGUUUUUGAUAUCGAGUCGCUGGUGGAGAAGUURCUUCAACAGCUUGCAAGCAACCAAACCAUCCUAGUCAAUGUUUACGAUACCACAAACCAAUCGCACCCGAUCAGCAUGUAUGGUAAAGACACAUCAGAAGAUGGGUUGCAGCGCAUUAGCCCCCUUAACUUUGGGGAUCCAGAUAGGAAGCAUGAGAUGCGAUGCAGAUUCAAGCAAAAACAACCUUGGCCAUGGUUAGCAAUAACAACUUCAAUUGGUGUACUCAUCAUUGCAUUGCUUUUGGGGUAUAUAUUCCAUGCAGCCUUGAACCGAAUCGCCAAAGUGGAGGAUGAUUAUCACGAUAUGAUGGAACUCAAGAAACKAGCAGAAGAUGCCGAUGUUGCCAAAUCCCAGUUCCUUGCAACUGUUUCCCAYGAGAUCAGAACCCCAAUGAAUGGUGUUCUAGGAAUGUUGCAUUUGCUUAUGGACACAGACCUAGAUGUGACUCAACAAGAUUAUGUUAAAACUGCACAAGAUAGUGGAAAAGCUUUGGUAUCACUGAUAAAUGAGGUUUUGGAUCAGGCAAAAAUCGAAUCUGGAAAUCUCGAACUUGAAGCAAUACCGUUCAAUCUGCGACCAAUUUUGGAUGAUAUUUUGUCACUCUUUUCUGGGAAAUCUCAAGAAAAAGGACUGGAGCUAGCAGUUUUCAUCUCAGAUAAUGUUCCUGAGAUGCUAAUUGGUGAUCCUGGAAGGUUUAGGCAGAUCGUCACAAAUCUUAUGGGAAACUCAAUCAAGUUCACAGAGAAGGGACACAUAUUUGUCACAGUUAAUCUCGUCGAGGAGGUUAUUGAAUCAAUUGAUCUCGAGAUCGAGUCUUCAACGAAGAGCACCUUGAGUGGCUAUCCUACUGCCAAUAGACGCCUCAGCUGGAMAGGUUUCAGAACGUUYGAUCAAGAGGRUCCUGCUGCUUGUCAUKUCCUGCCAUCUCCAUCGGACCUUGUUAACCUUAUAGUAUCCGUGGAAGAUACAGGUGYCGGUAUUCCUUUAGAAGAYCAAUCACGUGUUUUCACUCCCUUCAUGCAGGUUCRACCAUCCAUCUCUAGAACUCAYGGGGGAACAGGUAUCGGUCUGAGUAUUAGCAAAUGUUUGGUUGGCCUCAUGAAGGGGGAGAUCGGGUUUGUGAGUGUGCCAAAGAUCGGCUCUACCUUCACAUUUACUGCGGUUUUCACAAAUGGCUCUUCCAAUUCGAGCGAGUAUAACAAAUCUCAGCAAAUUAAGACCACGUCCAUCUCGGCAUCCUCCGAAUUUAAGGGUAUGAGGGCUUUAGUUGUGGACCAUCGACCCAUUCGGGCCAAGGUAUCAAGAUAUCAUAUCCGACGUCUUGGAAUAAAUGUUGAAUCAUCGUCCGACUUGAAUCAAUGUCUGUCUAACAUGAGUGUGGGUGGUACAACUAUGAAUAUGAUUUUUGUUGAGCAAGAUCUUUGGGAUCAGGAUACCAGUACAUCAGAUCUCUUUAUCAAGAACUUAAGAAAUUCUUAUGGCGUUCCUCCCAAACUAUUUCUUCUUACUAGCUCCAUUAGUUCUUCAAAAGCUAGUACUAUAAAUUCUGAUGUACUCACUCCCACAGUCAUCCUAAAGCCCUUGAGGGCGGGCAUGCUUGCUGCCUCACUUCACAGAGUAAUGGGCGUCGGGAUCAAGGGUAAUCCUCAGCUUCCUGUUCUCUCUCUCCGUAAUCUACUCCGUGGUCGGAAAAUUCUCAUUGUAGAUGACAAUAAGGUGAACCGUAUAGUCGCUGCUGGUGCUCUAGAACGGUACGGUGCUGAUGUAGUAUGUGAAAACAGUGGAAGAGAUGCAAUCCGACUGCUUACACCGCCCCAUCGUUAUGAUGCAUGUUUCAUGGAUAUUCAGAUGCCAGAGAUGGAUGGGUUUGAAGCUACAAGAAGAAUCCGGGAAAUCGAACACCAUAUCAACGACGGUAUUCAACUUGGAGAGCUAUCAAAAGAAGCAUACGAAAAUAAGUGUUAUUGGCGUGUACCCAUUUUGGCCAUGACUGCAGACGUAAUCCAGGCUACACACGAGGAAUGCCUUCGGUAUGGGAUGGAUGGAUAUGUUUCAAAGCCAUUCGAAGUCGAACGACUUUAUCGAGAAGUUUCUCAAUUUUUCCACAGUACCUCAAAUGGAACUUUAUAGACAGAUCAUAUAUUCCGUGGCUGUCAAUGGCAUCGGCCUGUUCGUCAGGACAAAACGAACAGCAUGCUUAAAAGGGUGUGAAUUACCUCCUGAUCAGAGGAUCGAUAUCCCCCCGUUGACUUCUCGGAUUGCUUCAUAUUAUGCCAGGCAAGCCUAAAUUUUGUGGGAGAGUGUAAAUAGUAGACAGACAUGAGUGGUCGGGUGGAGUUUUCGUCGAUUGUUUACAUGAGUCGAAUGAGAAAAGUUGCUACAUUUCUUCUGUAUAACCUUCCAUAUCUAUCACUAAGCUCAGGAAACCAGGAUUCAUUUGCAACCACAGAAUUCAAUAUGGACUUUUCCUGAAAGUUCACAAUUUUGAUAAUCUACAGGUUGAAGAUCAUCAGAGGGCCAAGAAAGGAAGAGGUAUAGAAUGUUGUGUGGCAACUGGAAGGAAGUGGUUUGUAUAUUAAAAAACAUGUUUGAUUUGUACCCACACAAGUUUAGCUUUUGUUUUUCUUUUUCUUUUUUGGGUAAUUUUGUUUUAUACUUUUUUAUCUCAAGUACAAAUAGGUCAAAACUUGACACUAUCAAAUUUGAGAAAAUUGAUAGUGUACAUUUCCUGCAGACAAUUCCAGUUUCCAACUUCAGGUCUGUGUUCUGUAUAAAAAUUUCCAACAUUCAUCAGUUUUUUCAAGUGGGUUUUAUUUCCUUUCUUUGAUCAAAUGUGAGGGGAAAAGUGUUUAAUUUUGGUCUAUUUAAUAGAGUUCUCUAGAAUUUUUUUUUUCUUUUUAGUUUAUAAAUUUUGACAAUGUGCACCAGCUGAGUGGUGGCAUAGUGGGUUGUGGACGAAUGGAGAUAUUCCCUUUCAGGUUUGAGCUUUA